AUUACUACAGUUGGGAUUUUUACGACACCUGUUUCAGUCAGUGGUUUUAUUGCACCUAGAAAACACCCAUUCAUGUAAAGUUAGCGCCCUCUUUUGAACAAUUCCAGAUAUUCCCACGAUUUCCUGAGGUUACAUACUCCUGAUUGCGUGUAGUGAAAUUAGGCUUACGUUACGGUUAAAUUAUGCAUACUUCAUUGUAAAACAACCACAACCGUUAUCAGUAGAUCGUGAUAGAUGUCGCUUACUGUCACGACACAAAAACUUCCUCACAUGCUUGAAGACUCCGUGAAAACUGAUACGUGGAUACGCCGUUUGCAGCCAAGCUACUCAACCCCGGUCAAGUGAUCUCUUAAAAGUACGGUAAUUCAACCUCAGGCCGCAACUAAAUAAAAAGAGGCGGGAGUUUACUUCUUAAAGAAGCUUUGAAGAGGUCACGGCGUUCAGUUGCCAUAGAGACGCGCGGCAGAGAGAAACGCGGAUCUAGGAAGCAAUGUUGCACGUAACGUUUACUUACUGUUGAUGUUCAGGCAUUAUCGACAAAAGGUGAGUCUUACUGGAAAUUUGAUUGUUUUCUGGCUUUGUAAUGUAGUCUUUUAAACUUGUGGAUCAGAUAUCCAUGCUGAAAAAACUUUUAAACUGUAGUUACUUCUGAAAAUCAAUAAAGUGCCUCCAGAUAAGAUUAAUUUACCAGAGAGAUAUAAAAGCCAUAUCCUUAUUACAUUUUCAGGUGCACGAUGUCACUCUCCGAAUCCGUAGCAAAAAGCAGGCUUGAAAUCCUGCAGAUCUACAGACUCCUUCAGUGCGUCCGAGAGUCUGAUAAACCGUACAUAGAGAAAUUAAUCUCUAUGGGUGUCGAUGGCCUCAUUAAUCUGACAGAACCACGCGAUGGUAACGGCGUCCUGCACCUGGCAUCGGUGGCCAACAACCAAGACCUGCUGGAGUUCCUCAUGGCGCAAGGUGCCAGUCCAAACGUGCAGGACAGGAGAGGCCGGACGCCGCUGAUGCUGGCUGCUGAACUGGGGUACGACGGCAUUGUGUCUCUGUUGGCAAAGAAAAACGCAAACAUGACACUUGUGGACAACGAAGGAAAAGGCUUGCUUUUCUACUGCAUCCACCCUACCAAAAGGCACAUGCGUUGCCUCCAGGUGGCACUUAUGGGCAAUGCAGAUGCGAACAAUGUUUCAGUAACUGGGAUGCCAGUGUUUCUGCUGGCCUGUGAGCAAGCUCAAGACUGUGAGGAAAUGUGUCUCAGCAUCCUAGAGAGUGGAGCUGAUCCCAAUGCAUCAAAUCAGAUGACUGGUCGGACUGCACUGAUGGAGGCGACCAGAGGAGGAGCGGUAGAGCUAGUAAGAGCCAUUCUAAGAAAAGGAGGUAAUGUCAAUGCUGUGGAUAAGAAGAAAUUCCACGCAGCUCAUUUUGCAGCUGAACGAGGCUUAUUUGAGAUCAUUAAGGUGUUAUCUGCAUAUGCAGCUGAUUUUGGAGUGGUGACAUCUAAAGGAGAUACACCCCUGCACUUUGCUGCCGCUGGUGGCUACACAGAUUGUUGCAAGUUUUUGGUUCAAAGAGGAUGCAACCCCAAACUGAAAAAUCAAGAAGGUCUUCUUCCUCGUCAGAUUGCGAAGGACUGCGGCCACAAGGCCACUGUGAAAGAGCUUAAGAAGGUCGAACGACUACACGGAAAGUUCUCGAAAGGAAUGGGUGGCACAAAUGAGCCAUGGGCUCUGACGCUCCACGACUGGUCUCACGAGUACGAGACUGCACUGAGAAAUGCUUUCGAGACGGCAUCAGACACCUAUGCAGGAAUAGAAGCAGUGUCCAGGGAAACGUUUGUGUCUGUUCUUCGUGACCUUCAUGCUCCUGUAGAUGAUGACCAAAUCCGGGAACUUCUGUAUGCUCUUGACAGGAGAAAAGAGGGGUUCGUAGAUGUUAAUGAUUUCUUGAGAGGCCUCAAGUACCUUCCUAAAACUUACAUUAUGGCUUCUUAUGGCUCUAAAAAGAAGAAAGUAAGCAAGGCAGGGAAAACCAAGAAAAGUAAGUUUAAUCUACCAGUGCCUAUCUGCACAGUUCCUCCAGACCUCAUCCAUCGGCGGGAUGAUGGCGGACCGCCACAUUUUAUGAUUGAAAGCUACCAGCAUGCUACAGACAUACACAGGUAUGAUCGGGAUCAUAGACCAGAACAUCCUAUUGAAGAUGACACGGCGUGGUACAUCGAUGAGCCUGAGAAGAUAUACAUAAAUAUGAACUACUGUGUUAAAAUGGGAGAUAUUGAGUCUCUUAAGCUGGCAGUCAGUCAAAAGAUUCCUGUUGACGUGAAAGAUAGAUUUUACAAAACCCCACUUAUGGCGGCGUGUUCAAGCGGGAACUAUGAAAUGGCAAAGUUCCUUGUUGAUAACGGGGCUGACGUGAACGCCUGUGACCAGUUUAGCUGGACACCUCUGCAUCAUGCCUGCCAUGCAGGACAGCUUGACAUCAUACAGCUGCUGUUGGAGGCGGGAGCUGCUGUGGACCCGCCCACCCUAAAUGGGGCCACUCCCCUAAUGAGAGCCAUUGAGAGCUGUAAGCCAUCGUGUGUGGACUACCUCAUCAAAGCUGGGGCAAAGAUCAACGCAGUAAAUAAAACAGAGCAAAACUGCUUGGAUGUUGCCCAUGCCUAUGCAGACUUCAGGGUGGUGGAUUUGAUCCAGGCUAAGAUUCAUGCCCUACCCAGACAUAGGGACAGGAAGGCACAACCUGCCAAAGUCAAACGCAAACCAACCCCGGCCUCUGCCUCUGGCUCUACGAAAGAAAAGCAGGGUUCUGUUCCCACUCUACCAACCUCCUCAAACUCAGCAGUCAAGAAGGCAAUGAAGAAAGACAGCGUUGUCGUGCACAGCACUCAGAUCAGCACCGGCAAGCUCAACAAAUUGGACAUCAGUUUUGUGCCAAGAACGACGUGGCGAAAUCAGCUGACCACCAUUGAGAUGAUGGAGAUGAAAGCAGCAAGGAGAAAGCGCUUCACAUACGAGGUGGACUUUGAUGACUUCAAGAUGCCAUUCAAUAAAAACAUUCAAAAGAAAUCUGUGGAUUUUGAGCUGACAGAUUAAAAAGAUCUGGGGAGGAACUGCACAUUGUUGCUCUGCCCAAAAAAGGAUCUGGGAAAAGCCAUACAGGAAACACUAUCUUACAGAAUCCAGAUUUGUUUGAAACAAAACACUCAUAAUUUUCUGUGGCUGCCUCAAUGGGAGAGCCAUCAGGUUUGUAGAUACACGAGGGGCCUCAUUUAUAAAAUGAUGUGUUGAAACCAUCCUACAUUUGAUCUUACGAUCAUUUAUCAAAAAUGCGUACGUGUGAUUCAUAAACCCAUGAAUUAUGCUAUUGUUCUCUUCACUUAUGGUAAUAAUCUUGAUAAAGGUCAUUAAAAAGUUUGUGAGAGAAAAUUCACAAUAAAAUUCAAAACCUGGUAGACAAAUGUGGAGGUCGCUGUUAUUGAUAAUAAAUACUGGAAUUCAGGAGAAUGGAUACAGAAGCAACAGAGUUGAGAUAGACUACUGAACACUAAAGAUGAGAUGGUAAAAGAGAGAGAGGAGGUGCUGCAGCAAGUGCAGAGAAAUGUACACAAGGAA